UGGGGCCAUUGAGCUGUCUCAUUCCAACUUGUGGUACAUUCUGGGCAUUUUCUACACAACCCAGGAGAAUGGUAUUCUCGUAUUGUCUCUAUUUCUGUUAUACCUCUUGUUUUAUUUUCUUUUUUUUUUCUCUGCCUUCUUUUUUUUCUUCUGGGUGUCGUGCCAAUGUCUCUCUUUCAUCCCAGCAACUGUGCUUUUCUUAUUUACACACGCCGUCAGUGUGACUGCAGACUGCGAAGGCUAUAAUAGAGUAGUAUUUACCUGUGUCGGAGGUUUAGGAAAAAUUAAAGAAAUUCCCCCAAAGUUGCUAGUGAGAGGGGGAAAUCAUCUUUCUCACUCUACAUGAGGAAAACAAACCAUUUCCAUUGGUUUGCAUUGAACAUUCGUACUUUGUCACUGGUACAACGCUCUAUCUCGUCAUAAGUCUGGCAUUUGCCGUCGAUUGUGAGGAAAAAUCCGUUUAUUGAUAUUUUCCGCGGUAUCGUGUUAGUUUUUUUUUUGGCGCGGGCGGAUCGACAUAACCACAAAAGAGACUUUGAGUGCUUCACCCCUUCGUGGCGCUGCUAUCGGACAGUUUGUGCGUGACUUCCGGACAGUGUGGGCGGUUAGACCUAAAGCGCGCCUAAAGGUUGUUCUGUGAAAAGUUUUCCACAUUUUUUUUUUUUAAAUUGUCACAAAGUGAGAAAAUUCUGAAAAAUUUAGUGAAAGACCAAAUAAACUCAGUGCUGUGGAAAACAAAAUCUUUAAAGAAAAAAACAGAAAUAAAAAAAAACAGAAAAAUCCGAAAAAAAGACCGUUAAAAAAAUGGCGAUGUCGCACGUGGUUUUUCUUUUGGUAGGAGAAAAUUGUGCACUGUGGUGGGGAAAUGGGGUAUCUGUGCGCAUUUGAAAAAGCCGUUUGUGUGUGAGAAAAGCACCCCCACAGUGUGAGCAGGAAAAUUUCAGUUUUUCCCCCCUCGGGGUUGGGUGAAAAAAGCGAGAUAGGGAAAAGAGGAGUAUUAGCGCGCUGUCUCUGUCGGAAAAGGCAGUAGCAGUCCUAGGGCUUCUUUAUCCGACCAGCCGUCGACCAAUACCAAUUGGAAGUAGUAAAAGCGCGCAAUAGCAAUCAUAUAAAGGAUAUUUCUGUGACUCCAAAAUUGACGCCCCAUUCGAAUCACAGGGAAUAUUUUAGUUUUCACCCGAAAUUCCGUGUGUGCGCGUGUGUGUGUUGAUCCCGGAGGAAAAUUUUUCCAGCAUCCACCAAGGGUACUUCGACGUCUCUGAGUUCGGAACCGAUUGAUUUUCCGUGUGGAAUGUGAGAGGGAAAAUACAUUUCUGUCUCAUAUGAAAAAAAAAUAUCAUCCCUGAACUAAAUUUUUUGGUAAGGGUACCCUAAGGGUUCCAAUUGCGGUUUGGGGCUGCGAUUGCAUUUUCCAUUUGUUAUUUGAUCAGUGUGGUGACGCUUUCCCGGAAAGGCAUCUCUGAUGAAGUGAUUGCCCCCCUCUGAUCUGACUAUAAAUUUUGUGACCGUUUUUAAUAAUUCCCUCCCCAAAUAAAAAAAGUGCAAAGUGAUUUUCCCGCGCAAAAUUGUCGAGAAGUGGAAUCAAGUGCCGGAAGGUGGACAGAGUGAGUCUGAUUUGUCCAGUCAAAUGAGCAUGGACUCGGUGAUGGACUCAUUGUCGACACACAGUGAACACAGUAUGUCCUCAACUGCUGAAUCCCAUCCAGCUGCGUCCGUGAAGACGCCUCAGAGCCCAGGAAAUCACCAUAGUAGUACAUCUGGGCACAAUUCAUCUGGUAAUCCACCAAGUGGCUCAAGUUCGGGCUCCAGUACAGCUCCUCAGAUGCACAUAAAUCGCCGUACACCGACACCACAUAGCCCAGGUAGUCGGCAGAUGUCAAGUCCAAUUGGGGCUGAACGUGGUGCCCCUGGACCACAGAUGCUGGGUCUCCCACAUCCUCUCAGUCCACCGCAAGUGUCCACACCCAAUAGCAUGGGUGCCAUGGCACCGCGGAUGGCCCAGAGCCUACCACAUUUGCCCCCACACGGUCUGGGCCUCCUCAAUUCCCUUCAGAUGAUGCAUCACAAUCCGCUAGAACUCAUGGCAGCGGCUCAUCACCAUGUACCCCCAAGGAGCUACAACAGCCCCCCGCCAAUAUCCACCUCAGACCCAACUGCCAAUGAGUGCAAAUUGGUGGACUAUCGUGGUCAGAAGGUGGCGGCAUUUAUCAUAGCCGGGGACACAAUGCUAUGCCUGCCACAGGCUUUUGAAUUGUUUCUCAAGCACCUCGUUGGCGGGCUCCAUACCGUGUACACCAAACUAAAGCGCCUGGACAUUGUGCCAUUGGUGUGCAAUGUGGAACAAGUACGCAUCUUGAGGGGUCUUGGAGCCAUUCAGCCCGGCGUCAAUCGCUGCAAAUUGCUGUCCUGCAAGGAUUUCGACGUUCUCUAUCGCGACUGCACCACUGCGAGAUGCUUGUCAGUCAAACCGCCAGAGAGCUCCAGACCGGGUCGACCGCCGAAAAGGGGUCCAGUGGGCCUGUCACUUCCUGCCACCCACAUGUCACAUCAUCCUCAGCUGAAAAAGCAUCGACUGGACAACGGGGACUAUCCGUAUGAAAAUGGACAUCUCAAUGAUAUUUCACGAUUGGAAAAAUCACCAUUGCUGGCAAAUGGAUACAAUCCACCUCCCACACAUCUCAAUCAUAUGCAAUUUAUGCAAAUGAACCAUCAUCCUGGAGCUGCCCUCCUGAAUCCUUCGAUGCCACCCCAUGGAAUGCCUCGACCCGAUGGUGCCAUGAUGAAAGGAGCCAGUGGGAUGCCCGGAAUGGACGCAAUAGCAAGAUCCGGAAUAUGGGAGAACUGUAGGGCAGCCUAUGAGGAUAUUGUGAAGCAUUUGGAACGGUUACGAGAAGAGAGAGGUGAGGACAGGGCAGUAGCUCUGGAUCAGAAACCACGAGAUCUCAGUUCGCAAAAUGGAUCAUCGAAUGGUCACAGUCCUGUGUUGAAUUUAUCCAAAUCCAAUAUUGAUCACAAUAGUGCAGAUGAUCGAUCAGAUCGUAGUGAGGUUCACUCACCAGUGCCAUCAGUUCGGGAUGAGGAGGAAAAUCUCAGUGAAGAAAAUGUAUCGGAGAUUGAUGAUCGCGAAGAAAAGGAUGAAGAUAUCUCAGAUGCCGAACAAGAUCAUCCACCUCCACCUCCAACGACAUCAAUGCCCAAUUCAGAAUGCCAGCAAGCACUGAAUUAUUCAACAUUGGCUGCCACAGCAGCUGCUGUGGCGGCUACUGGUGGUCCAGGAAAUGUUCCUGGGCCAGAUCAGAGUUCCUUGUCAUCCACUGAAACACUCCUCCGGAAUAUUCAGAGUCUGCUUAAAGUGGCUGCGGAUAAUGCUCGUCAGCAGGAACGACAAAUUACUUAUGAGAAAGCCGAACUGAAGAUGGACGUUCUGCGGGAGCGUGAGGUGAAGGAUUCUCUGGAACGACAACUCAGCGAUGAGCAGAAACUGAGGGCCAUUUAUCAGAAGCGCUUCAAGAAGGAGAAGAGAGCCAGAAUACGAUUGCAGCAGCAGUUGGACAUGGAGAUGAAAAGACGUGCACAACUGGAGGAUGCGAUAAAGGCUUCCGGUGCUCCUGCAGAAGCUCUUAGACUCAUCUCCGAGAAUGUAAACAGCGAGAGGCGCGAAAGGAGAUCAACGUCAUCCGAGAGGAGAGCUGAGAGUCCCUAUGCACCUCCAAAUAGGGCAGAUCCUGCAUCAGCACCGCAGAAUCCAGCACCAAAUGAGGGAAAACCCUGGAACUAUUCUAAUCUAGACAUGAUGGCGACAGGAGCUUUUUGGCAAAAUUAUACAGAAUCCCUGGCGCAAGAACUUGAAAUAGAGCGCAAGGCUCGGCAGCAAUCCGGCGAGAGGGACGUCAAGAGUCCUCUCCAAGAUCGUCCCAACUAUUACAAAAACUCCAUACUAUUCAGCAGUGCCACUUAGUCAUACACCGAAGAUGCUACUCAAAAACCAUCCAUUUCACAAUCAAAAACUCAAUGAAGGUAAUUUUUUUUACCAAAAUUCUUCAUAAAUAAACUAAAAACCGUUUCUCCCGGACUCAUCUAGAACGAAAGAAACAUGAAUUUGCCAUCGUAAUUACAAUUAAAAUCCACAUAGUCUGGUCUCAAAUGCAUAACAAAUCAUUUUUUUUUUGAUCAAUUUGUUAUUUGUAUAUUUAUUCGUGAAUAAUAUUAGAUAUUUUUUGCAUUGAAAAUUUUCGUGCAUGAGGAAUCUUUGUAAUUUUUUAUGUCAACAGUUUUCUUUUUGAUCCCAUUGAAAUGGGACAUAAAUUUUUUUAAACAAAUUGAAAGUGCAAUCAAAUUGUUGAUAAAUUGAUAAAACGAGUAAAAUUCAAUAUUGAUUUUGAAUACAAAUUUAAAAUUAAUUUUCUUGUGAUAGAGAAAAAAAAGUUUAAUAAGAUUAUUGUAAUCAGUAUGAAAUAAUUGAGGUAGCUUUUAUCUCAUUCUAUAUGAUAGAAAAACAAAGUAUUAACCGAUGAAAUUAUUUUGCAAAGUACACAGGAAAACGUAAAUGGUACUUUUUACGUGGUUUCUUAUUGGUUUUACUAUCCAAAACCUUUGUUGAUCUUGUUGAUUUUACUAUAUUUCUAUUGAUUAAAAAUAAUAAACAGAUUUACAAAAUUUACAAAAAAAAUAAUAAUAAAAAUUGCGUAACUUUUGAAAAAUUGAUUGAAUUUGAUUUUCUAAUUUAAUAUCGAUCUAACUAAUAUUUUUUCUAAUUAAAAUAAUGAGAUAUAAUCAAAUAUUCUUUGAUUUUAAAAAAAUAAAAAUUAGAAAAUUUAUUUAACCUUUAAUGGAAUUUACGAAAAAAAUGAUAAAAAAAAAUCGCAUGAGGUAUAUUGAACAAACAACUAUUCAAUUUUGUGGAAUUUAUCAAAAAAAGCUUACAAUAUCCUGUAGAAGUUAUGGUCUUUCGUCUGGGAAAAAUUCGAAAGCGGUAUUAAUCCAAAAUUGGUGUAACUAUUACCCCUUUUAGCUGUAUUGAAGGUUAAAGUAACCCCCUUUAUGUUAAUUUAACCCCGAAAAAGGUGUAAAAUUAGCAUUAAAAAUGUUUAUAUAUUUUUACACCUAAAAAGUCUAACAGCUAUGACAAAAAAAGUUAAUUGUGCCCUCUUUUUUUUUAGUAACGAUAGAAUCAACAAUUUUGGAAAAAUACUUUCUUACUCAAAGUGAAAAUUUAUAACAAUAUUUUUUUAAUAGGUACAUUAAUUCAGUUUAUGGUGAAACAAACGGAACUGAACUAAAUUUAUAUCUGAACAGUCAAAAAUUAAAUUUGGACACUUAAAAUUCAAAUUAGAACACAGUACUCAAUUUGGAGCUUUAUGGCCCCGGCACACCUUUUAUAUCAGGAAAAUUUCAUAAAGUUAAAAUUCACAUCCCUUUCUUUCUCAAAGAUUCUGCAUAUGCCUAUACUAUUCUCUCGUACUCUUCUUCUUUUGAACAGAACACCAAAUUAAAUUUUGUUCAGUCCAAUUUUGAGUCGAAAAGAAUGGAACGUACUUAUACAAAUCUCUUGAGAAAGAAAGGUAAGCAAAUUUUGAUUUGACGAAAUUUUACUGAUCUUAAAGAUGUGAAGGAGGCAUUAUGGCUUGAGCAGACCUUUUAGAUCAGAAAAUUUCAUGAAAUCGAAAUUCACUAUUACUCACUUUCUCGCACGAUUUGAAUAUAACUGCACUACUCUUUAACAAACUCAAAAUUGGAUAAGACUAAAUUGAAUUUAAUUUGACGUUGAAAUGAAAAAGAAGAGUACGAAACAGUGGGAGAGACGUAUGCAAAGUUUUCGAGAAAGGAAGAAAAUUUAAUUUUGAUUAUAUAUGUGAAUUUUUUUCUGAUUUUAAAGGUGUGACGAAGGCAUUACUGACCAAAUUUAAACUUUUUGUCAAAUUUAUUUUUUUAUGUCUCUGGCACAUGCUUUUAAAUCGGGAAAAUUUCGUGAAUUCAAAUUUAAUUAACAUCAUUUUCUUUCUUAAAUGUUUUGCACAUAUCUAUCUUAAUUUUCCACACUCAAAAUCCGAAUGAGUGGGAUGAAAUGCAGAAAGUUUAUCAAAGUGUAUUUGAAAGUGUAAUCGAGAUUCACAUCCUUUUAGUAGAAUCUUGAUUAAAUGAAAUUUUCUUGAUCUAAAAGGUGUAGCAAAGCCAUUAAUAACAAAAAUGGUCUUAAUUUAUAUAAAUGAGACUAUUUUCCUGAUGAUUUAUUUUCUUAUUGCUCCGUCAAAGUUUUUAGAUCAGAAAAAUUUAACAAAAUCUAAAUUCAAAUUCUUUUCUUUCUCACGCGCUUUGUAUAUGUCUAUCUCAUUCUUUCACACUCUUCUUUUUCUUUUAAACAUGACAACUCAUUUUUUUUAAUUUUGAGAAGAAGACAAUCCUCUGACGAACACCGGAAGAAUCUGAACAUAAUACAAAUUCAAUUUAUCUCAGUCAAAUUUGGAGUGCGAAAGAAUGAGAUAGACAUAUGUAUGCAAAAUUUCUGAGAAAGAAAGGGAUGUGAAUUUUGAUCUUGUAAAAUUUUCAUAAUCUAAAAUGUGCACCAAAGCCAUUAUGGCUCCGGAUCAAUUCUUAGAUCAAGAACGUAUCAUGAAAUGGAAAUUCACAUCCUUGUUUUUUCAAACGUUUUGCAUAUGUCUAUCCUGUUCUUUCUCAAUAUUGUUCUUUUAAACAUCACAGUAAAUUCAAUUUCGUUUAAUCAAAUUUUGAGGGCGAAAGAGUACGAUAGACAAGUGAAAAUCUUUUGAGAGAGUUAGGCGAUGUGAAUUUUGAUUGCAAAAAAUACUUCCUAAUAUAAAAGGUGAAUUGGAGAUAUUAAAAAUCAAAUAAGAGCAGUACUAAAUUUUGAACUUUAUGGCUUCAGCACAACUUUUAGAUCAGUAAAAUUUCAUGAAAUCAAAAUUCGCAUACCUUUUUUCUCAAGAGAUUCACAUAAAUGUCUUCCACUCUUUCGGUCUCCAAAUUAGACUGAACUAAAUUUAAUUUUGUGUGAUGUUCAAAAGAAAAAGAAGAAAAGUGCGAAAGAGUAGGAUUGAGUUAUCUAAAUAAUUUUGAGAAGAAAAAGGAUGUGAUUUUCUAUUUUAUGGAAUUUUAUUGAUCUAAAAUGUGUGUCGGAGACACAAAUAAUCAAAAUUUGAAAUUUGACUGAACAAAUUUAAUUUUCUUCUGUUCGUUUGUUAUUUUUUACCAGUAUUUAAUCCCGUAAAAUAUUUUAGUGCUAUGGUGUUCUCUGAUUGGCUAAAGCUUUGUGUACUAUCAAACUUUAGCCAAUCAGAGGACGCGUUUGAAAUAAAAUAUUUUAAAAUCUUAAAUAUUUAGGGGAAUAUUGGCAUGGUUCGCACAGAGUGAACCUUUAAACAACGCAAAUUUUCUAUUUGUUUGGAAAGAGCUAGUUCGUCAUAUCCUAGCCAUAAGAUACAUCAUUAUUAAGCUCAUAAAUCAAGAUGAGAAGUGGUAGGUCAACUAAACAAAGAGAAAAUUCGCAUCGUUUGAAGGUUCACUCUGUGCCAACCAUGCCAACAUUCCCCUACUUCUAUGUGGAUAAUUCUUGAAAGUCAGGAUUUUUUAAAAAUAUUUCAUUGCAGAAAUAGUAAAAAUCUACAAUUCUAUAAAAGAUUUUGGAUAAUAAAAUCAGGAAGAUAAUUUUGUUAAAAGUACAAUUCACGUUUUAAACUGUGUGUAGAUUUUAUUGUAUGUAAAUUGUAUUGAGACUCUUUUUGUGUUCCUUUUUUGUAUUUAUUUUUCAUUUAUAUUAUUUGUUUUAUAAAAGAAAAACAUCUUCUUUCGAGAAAUAGUAUUCACCUUCUGCUAAGUCUUGCCUUCAUUUGGAAGGCAUGUUGUGUAAAUGUGUAAAUAAUCGCUAAGGAAGUCUCAUAACGUAGUUUUUGAAUCCUCAAAUAUUCGCUAAUGAAAAGUAAAUUGAUAAAAGAAAAUCAUUUAAGGAAAAAAAAGAAAUAGAAUUUAGCUGACAAAUAACACGAUCAUAAAAUAGUCAAUAAUGAUAAAAUUGCAUUAAUGAUACAGCUAGAAGAAUGAGAAGGGGAUCGUAUAAAAAAAUAGUGAUUAAAGAAAUCUAUAUAAUAAUUUAUUUUGCUAGAAUUAGUAAUAAUAUUAUGACAAGUAAGGCUCCUGUAUAAAGUGAAGGUGAAAAAUUCAUCACUACAUAAAUUCUUUCUUAACAAAAGGAAUAUAAAAAAAAAAUAGAAGAGUGAAUGAAUAAAACAUAAAAAACGAAUUAAUGAGAUUCAUAAUUAAUUUAGAAAUAACACAGACACAAUAUGAUUCUUUUAUAACAUUAGAAAAAUUUAUUGGUUGCCAUAUUUUAAUCUUCUUUACAAUAUAUUUAGUGAAAAGAAAAAGAAGAAAAGUGUAAAGGUAAAUUGAAGAGCGAUUGAGCAUAAUUAAAGAAGAUUUAGUGAUGUAGAGUAUAGGCGUAACAAUUUAUUUAAAGAAAAAUUGCAGAAUAAGAAGAGAAAAAAGCUGUAGUGUAGAGAUGGAAGAACAAAUUGAGGAAAUAUUAAAAAAGAAAUCUUCAAAGUAGUUCUCAAAAGAUUAAGCAUUUAUUCUAUAAAUGCUUUAAUACCUUUUGAGAAUGAAGUGUAAUGUUUUUUUCUAAAUAUUCACUCUCUGACACCAAUCACAAAAUUUUCUCAUAACAAAAUCUACGAAGAAAAAAUCGUGAAAACCUAUUUAUAUUUGGCAUUAUUAAUCCAACAUAGACAUAGAAAGAAAUCAAAAAAAGGGCGAAUGGGGAUUUGUAAGUCCAAUAGUUUGGACACAAAAAAAAAUAAAGAGAGAGAGGAUAAAAAAUGUAAAAU